CUCUUUAUACAUUCGAGCACUCGCUUCCGCCGUCCUGCUAAUUUUUAAUUGAAAGGGGCUAACCCGCGUGGAAAAGCCGUCGGGGCGCUUUCCGGCUUGCGUCGGCCGACGAGGCGGGGCCGCGCCGCGCCGCUCCGGCUCCUUCGCGUAAGCCGAGACCCGAGACAUCGGCGCCCGGAUCCGAACCCAGACCCCGAUCCGCCCUCGUCGUCUCUGUCGGCGACCGUCGCGAACUCACUCGCCGAAGGCCGAAAGCAGCCUCGGAGCGACUGCGCCUGCGCGCCGCUCUUUCGCGGGCUCGGCUCCAAGGGCGACGCCCUCGCUCGCCGAUUGGCCGUCGCCGGAGGCUGAAGGCGUCCCCGCCCCUCCUCCGCUUGCGCUCGUCUUUCCUUCUUUCGGGCGCUCGCUCGCGCUGACGUGAGGUUAAUCCAGCAUGCCCGUCAUCAAAACCCUCGCCGAGGCGGUCAAACGGGCGCCCUGGGGGCCGGCGGUCGUGCGCGGCAUCAGCUUCUCGCCGCGCCAGGUGACGGCCGACGCCAGCUUCCACUCGGCGUCCUUCUCCGAGACGGACCACCCCAAGGUGCUCAUCACGGGUGGCCUUGGGCAGCUCGGGGUGGGCCUCGCCAAACUCUUACGGAAGCGCCUGGGAAAGAACAACGUGAUCCUGUCGGAUAUCAGGAAGCCCUCGAGCAGCGUCUUCCACAGCGGGCCGUUCAUCUACUCGGACAUCUUGGACUACAAGAACCUGCGCGAGAUCGUGGUGAACAACCGCAUCACUUGGCUGGUCCACUACAGCGCGCUGCUCAGCGCCGUCGGCGAGGCCAACGUGGCCCUGGCCCGAUCGGUCAACAUCACCGGCCUUCACAACGUGCUGGACAUCGCCGCCGAGCACGGUUUGCGUCUCUUCGUGCCCAGCACCAUCGGCGCCUUCGGGCCCACGUCCCCGCGCGACCCCGCCCCCGACCUGUGCGUGCAGAGGCCUCGCACCAUCUACGGCGUCUCCAAAGUCCACGCUGAGCUCAUGGGCGAGUACUACCACCACCGUUACGGUUUGGACUUCCGCUGUCUUCGCUACCCGGGAAUCAUUUCGGCCGACUCCAUGCCCGGCGGCGGGACGACGGACUACGCCGUCCAGAUCUUCCACGACGCCAUCAAGACUGGCAAGUUCGAGUGCUUCCUGCGGCCCGACACGCGUCUGCCCAUGAUGUACAUCGACGACUGCCUGCGCGCCACCCUGGAGGUUCUGGAGGCGCCCGCCGACACGCUGGCCAUGCGCACGUACAACAUCAACGCCAUGAGCUUCACGCCCGACGAGCUGGCGCGGGAGCUGCGUAAGCACGUGCCCGAGCUGGAGGUGGAGUACAACGUGGACCCCGUCCGCCAGGCCAUCGCCGACUCCUGGCCCAUGAACUUCGACGACUCCAACGCCAAGCGCGACUGGGGCUGGAAGCACGACUACGACCUGCCCGAGCUGGUGACCGCCGUGCUCAACUUCCUCAGCGGCGACGCGCGCUUGGCCCGUGCCAAUUGACGCCCGGGCGGGCGGGCGAGGCCGAGCCGAGUCUUUUGUACAUAGUGUAUAGGUUGAUCGAAGAGGGAACGGAGGCGGCUCGCCCGCGCGGCCCUUCUGCGCCGGACUUGGCGGUGGGCGACGGCAGGCCGCGUUCGGGCGCGGGUGACCGACCGAUCGUUUGGCCCGCGCGGGGAAACGGAAGCGUCACCGAGGAGAGCCGAGCUUGGGGUUGGGUCGAGGGUUAGCCCGACUGCGCUUGCAAAAUCUGGGAACCUUCAAAGUUUCCAUGGCAACGGAGCAGAGGAAUGUAAAUAUAGUCGGGGGGGAGUUGCCGAAUUACGCCGAAAACAACAAGCAGAGUUCAUCCAAAUGCAGUUGCUCAUUUUUCCAGGUACUGCCUUCUGCUCCGGAAGGUUGGCAAAAUGUCCCAGUUGGGUCCGCUUUAGCCCACUUUGGGGGUCCUGACAAGUUACCAAUAGCGUGCGAGGGGGUGUGCUGACUAAUGUUUUGCAGACUUUAUUCCAGGACAUUCCUUUUGGGGUCCAGUGAAAGCUUUUCUUGCAUACGUUCUAAAUGCAAAAGGGGAACUUUCCACCAAUGACAUUUUGACUUUGACUUUCUUUUCUCUUCCUUUGUUGUUGUUUUUCGUUUACGUAGACAAUAAAGCAUUUUUUUCUGCA